AUGGAGGCCCAUCUGUAUGGUGUCCAACCUUACAGAUGGGACAUAAAAAGGCAGAAGUGGGUGUCCGAGAUCAAAGACAAGCUGGCCAAGGAGCCUAUCAGCUGGGCUCCUGACCCCCUAAGAGAGCUUUGGGACGAACCACCAAAGACACCAAGCACCACUAAAUUAGGAACCUGGCAGAAGAAGGUUUGUCCCUGUCAGGAUCCCACUGCUGGCCACAUCAUACCUGCUGCUCAGAACAACACUUCAGCUACCAAGCAGGAGUCUCAAGGCAAUUCUCCUCCUUCCCAAUCGGAGGGCAAAAUAAAGACCCCUCUAGUGCCUACACGGGAGUCCCGGAUCAAGACCAAGCAGGUGGUGAAGACUGUGACCAGCGGCGUUCAGGAGAGGAGUGUGGGAACUACAUUUCUGACAGAGCUAAUUUGUAUGGUGGCUCCACCGCCAGGGGAGGAGAUAGACAGGACACUGAGCAAGAGGGUGUCGCUCGCACUCCACAGAAAGUGCUCCAAAGUGUCGAAACUGACCCUCAGCUGGAAGCAGGAGAAGGAAAGGAGCGGAAUGUAACGACAAUUUGGAGAUGGGCACACCUGUAGCGUGGACACAGAGGAAAGUGGGUACUCUGAGGCGGAGAAAAGGACCCUUGAGGCGGAGGGCGGCCAAGCUAAACCUGGACAGACAGACAACUCUAAACCUGGACAGAUGGACAGCACUGAACCUGGGCAGACAGAGAGCAAUGAACCUCCUGGACAGACAGAUAGUUCUAAACCUGGACAGAUAGACAUCACUAAACCAGGAUAGACAGACAGCACUGAAGCUGGACAGACAGACAGCUCUAAACCUGGACAGACAGACAUCUCUAAACCUGGACAGACAGACAGCACUGGGUCAUCCGGGGAGGCCAUGCAGAGGGAUAGUGACGGCAUCUCACCUAAAGGGAAAGUUGAGUCAUGGGUGAGGGUCAAAAGACCCUCCAGCUCAGUGAGCAAAAAGGAGUUGGAUGACGCCAACAAGAUCAACGCUCUCUCAAGGAAGUACAGUGCCGUGGGCAAUCUGAACAGCCGCUGGCAGAACUGGUCCUCGACGAACACAGUCAACCAGAAGCUCAACCCCUCCAGUGAGGACUUUGACUGUGAAUACUCCAUGUCCCUACGCCUCCACCAAGGCGAGGAUGGUUACGGACGCCCCAAGGAGGACACCAAAACAGCCGAACGUGCCAGGCGAGCCGAGCAACACAUCCACGGUGAGAUAGCCGACAUGUGCUAUGUGAUCAGGACUAUGAACGACCCAGAUCUGGACGGGAAGACCCGCGUCACUUUCAGAGAACUGUUUAAUAGAUACGUACGCGUCUCUGACAAGGACGUGUGGAUUCUUCUGAGAGCCAAGAGGCAUGGGAAGGUGGCAUUCGACGGGGAGAUGCUGUGGCAAGGGCAGGAUGAUGGUGUUAUCAUGUGACCUCCUCUCUUGUGGAACCAAGUGUAUUCGGAAAAGUAUUCAGAUCCCUUCCCUUUUUCCACAUUUUGUUACAUUAUAGCCUUAUUCUAAAAUUGAUUAAAUAUUUUUUUCCUCAUCAAUCUACACACAAUAUCCCAUAAUCCCAAAGUGAAAAAAGGUUUUUAGACAUUUUUGCAAAUGUAUUACAAAUAAAAAACAGAUACCUUAUGUACAUAAGUAUUCAGGCACUUUGCUAUGAGUCUCGAAAUUGAGCUUCGGUGCAUCCUGUAUACAUUGAUCAUCCUCGUUUCUACAACUUGAUUAGAGUCCACCUGUGGUCAAUUGAAUCGAUUGGACAUCAUUUGAAAAGGCACACACCUGUCUUUAUAAAGUUCCACAGUUGACAGUGCA